AUGAGAUCAAAAAUCCAGGAGAAAUAUGGUCAAAAAUCCAAAGAAAACAAGGGAUUUUGGUCAGGGGACAGAACUGGGAGUGCAGGGGCGGUGCCAGCCCGUGGGAAGGUGGCAGUGGGCAGUGCCACCAGCUGUCCCCACCGUCCCUGCUGUCCCCAGGGCGCCGAUCCCCACGCGCUGGCCAAGGAGAGGGAGAGCGCGCUGGCCCUGGCCAGCAUGGGCGGCUACACCGACAUCGUCACCAUGCUGCUGGACAGGGACGUGGACAUCAACACCUACGACUGGUCUGGCUACGCCGUGCGCGGGAACCACGUCAAGUGUGUGGAGGCCCUGCUGGCCGGCGGCGCAGACCUGACGGAGGAGGCGGAUUCGGGGUACACCCCCAUGGACCUGGCCGUGGCCUUGGGACACAAGAGAGUCCAGCAGGUGAUCGAGAAUCACAUCCUGAAGCUGUUCCAGAACAAGAAAAAGAGGAAGAAAUGAAGGAGCAGCUCCAGCUCUCCCCAGGCUCACCGUGGCAAAAUCCAGGAAUUUCUGCCCUCCGUGGAUCCGAGCCCCUCCUAAAAUCCAGGGACCUGAAUUCCAGCCCUGGCUGGGCUCUGCUGCUCCGCGUUUUCUGUUGGAAUUAAACUCUUAAUUGGAAUUAAGUUUGGGAGCAG